AGAUGCUUGUAUACAUACUGUUCAUUUUGUAUCCUUAGCUGCCUGCGAUGGUUAAGACCUAACGUUUUCCUUUAUCUUACAAGUUUGUGUUGUUUAAUACAAGCGAGGUUGAAAAUAUGGAAUACUUAGCGUUAUUCGUAAUGGCGGCUCUGAGCCACACAUGUUCCGCCAGAUCCUGGGGAGAUCACCAUCACUAUCCCACGGGAAACCACCACAGCUUCGAUUACAACACCUGGUGCCACAGCGCUGGCGGCUGGCCCGGGGACAAGGAUUCUUGGGAAGACUCUAGCUCACAGGAAAGUCAAAUGUGGAACGACGAUAGAUGGACAAGAUCGCCAACAACGAAAAUGCUUACGAUGAUCACCACCAAGACGCAACAAGACACUUCCACUAUCUCCAUCAGAGCAGGGGCGGACUCUCCCUUCGAACUCCUCCUUUGCCUCAGGGAGUGUCCCAUCACUCCUGAGUACAACCCUGUGUGCGGCACAGACGACAUCACUUACUGGAACCCUGGCCGGCUUCAGUGUGCUAUAUCUUGUGGGAUUGAUGUGGGAAUAAAGAGACAAUCUAUAUGUCCUACAAGUACUAGCGACCUCUUAUCUACGGCAUCCACCAGCCCUCCAAACGCAACUCCUUCUCCUCAAGCGAUAGCAACCUGUAUGAGGUCUUGCCCGGUGACGUCAGAGUACAACCCUAUUUGUGGCACAGAUAAUAUAACCUAUAAUAAUCCUUCGCGUCUGGAUUGUGCCAAGACCUGUGGUAAACCUGUAUCCCAACGUCUCGCAUCGCGUUGUCCACCCCCUGACCAAAUCGACGCGUCUUCAACAUCGACCAGCUCUUCUACUACCACUACAUCUAGACCCAACACCUCGGUCAGUCCAAACACAGACUCAAGAAGCUCCACACAAUUCACUAUUUCUCCAGAUAUCUUGGACGCCGUUUUCAACGGCAACAAGAGCGUAACAACGACAGAAAAUAUACCCGACUACAGCUUAGACGAACGUUAUGAAGAUCAAUUAGAUUGUAUAGUUUAAUAUUUAUAAUUGCUUUAUUUAAAGGUCGUAUUUAAUUAAAAAUACAAAAAUUGCUCC